CGCCGGAACGGCGGCUCGCUCCCGGAAGUGGAGGGUCUACCCGGACAGCCGCUGGGUCUCUGUGCCCGGAGGCAGAAGCGCUCGCGGAGCUCGCCAGUCGGUCCCCGACCGCUAUGUCGGCCUUCGAAACCAACCCCUUCGCGGACCCAAUGGACGUAAACCCCUUCCAGGAUCCCUCUGUGACCCAGCUGACCAAUGCAUCACAAGGUGGCCUGGCUGAAUUCAACCCCUUCUCAGAGACAAAUGCAGCAACAACAGUUCCUGCCACCCAGCUCCCUGGGCCCUCACAGCCGGCCGUUCUCCAGCCCUCAGUGGAGCCAGCCCAGCCAACCCCACAGGCUGUGGCCUCUGCAGCCCAGGCAAGCCUGCUCCGGCAGCAGGAAGAACUGGACAGGAAAGCAGCCGAGCUGGAACGCAAGGAGCGGGAGCUGCAGAACUCUGUGGCCAACUUACAUGUGAGAGAGAACAAUUGGCCUCCCCUACCCUUGUGGUGCCCUGUCAAGCCCUGCUUCUAUCAGGACUUCUCCACAGAGAUCCCUGCCGACUACCAGCGCAUAUGCAAGAUGCUCUACUACCUCUGGAUGUUGCAUUCAGUGACCCUAUUUCUGAAUCUGCUUGCCUGCCUGGCCUGGUUCUUAGUUGACAGCAGCAAGGGAGUGGACUUUGGCCUCUCGAUACUAUGGUUUGUGAUCUUCACCCCCUGUGCCUUCCUUUGUUGGUACCGACCCAUCUACAAGGCCUUCAGGUCUGACAACUCUUUCAGCUUCUUCGUGUUCUUCUUCGUAUUUUUUUGUCAAAUAGGGAUCUAUGUCAUCCAGUUGAUCGGCAUCCCUAACCUGGGGGACAGUGGUUGGAUUGCAGCCCUGUCUACACUGCGUGAGAACUUGGCUGUGUCGAUCAUCAUGAUGGUGGUGGCUGGCUUAUUCACCCUCUGUGCCGUGUUCGCACUCUUCCUCCUGAAGCGGGUGCAUUCCCUGUACCGCCGGACGGGGGCCAGCUUCCAGCAGGCCCAAGAGGAAUUUUCCCAGGGCAUCUUCAGCAACAGGACCUUCCGAAGCGCUGCCUCAUCUGCUGCUCGAGGAGCCUUCCAGGGGAAUUAGUUCUCCUGGCUCUCUUCCCUCUGCCCUGCCUUUUCUCUUGCCUGCCUUCUGAACUGCACUUUCCAUGGGUGCCUUAAACAGUGCUUAUGCCCAGCACAGACCCAGGGAGGGUCUUGCCAUGGCUCUUCCUCCUUCCUCAUCAACCAGGUCUCCCUUCCACUUCAGGGCAAGGGAGGGAGGGACAGGAACUUUUUUACACAAGAGAAAAGAAAAAAAUCAAAACUGUCUUUUCCUCUCUGGUGGUGGUUCGGUAGGAUUCUUUUGUCUCUUUGGAAGCAUAGGGACUGGAGCUCUCUUCCCCCUACAUGGGCACACACACAUGCAUGCACACAUGUGCAGGUAUGCACAUGCACACAUGGGAUCACUGGCCAACAUGGGCACACGCCAGCUAGAGUUGUUCUGCCAGGGCCUGAGCUGCCACUCCUCCCCCGGCAGCCUGGCCUGAAUCUGAAUCCACAGACCCAGCUUGUGCUGCUAGCAUGGGGUGACCUCUCAAGGGCUCCCCUUUGGGGUUUUUUUAUUAUUUUUUAAUCCUCACCAGAGGACAUGCUCCUUGAUUUUAGAGAGAGGGGGAGAAAGGGGGAGAGUGAGAGAAAGAAACAUUGAUGUGAGAGAGAAACGUCAAUUGGUUGCCUCUUACACAUACCCUUACCAGGGACUGAACCUGUAACCUAGGCGUGUGCCCUGACCGGGCAUCGAACCCUAGAUCCCUUUUGUUAUAUGGGAUGACACUCUAACCAACUGAGUCACACUGGCCAGGGCUCAAGGGCUCCCCUUUAGAUGAGCUGUGGUCUGGGCUGAUGGACAGCUCCCUAGAUCCCUCUAGACAAGGUCUCCGGCCUGCUUUCCUCAGACUUUUCCCUGCCUCAUGUUUCUCACAAACAGAUUCAUAGGCUUUUUCGCCUCAUGCACUUUCCUGUGUGGGCAGCAUCCUGUGCCAUCUGGGGCCCUCCAUGAGCCCUUCCCUCUUUAGACUUACUGAAUGUGCAUUGGGGUUGGUUGGGAUAUGGGGAUGGGAGGGACAGAGGGCAACCCCAAGUUGUCCUGCCCAGCCUUUAGCAGUCUUCUAGGGUUGGGGGUGUUCAACUGUCCUGGUGUGGGUUUUGUCUCUGCUUGCUUUGAUUUCCUCUUCUAGGGGACAGCUGUGCUCUGCCCCCUACAUCAGCAAUAUCUAGUUUGUGUGACUCUCAGGAAGGGCUGGGGGAAUCAGCUCAGACUCAUCCUCUAGUGUUCUCCCAUGCCUUGAGCAGGAGUAGAGUCUAGGUCACCUUCCACUGGUCCUGGGGAUUCCCUAGGACGUGUGUCACUGUGAUGGGUACCUAGGAGUCCACAGUUCACACCUGCACCAUAUCCUCCAGAGGCUGUAGGAAUGCACUCAUGGACUGGGGACUUCUCAAAAAGCCGGCCAACCUGGAGGCUGCCCGCCAACUCGACUCCAGAGCCGCUGAAUGAUAAUUUAAUGACAGUGACCAAGGUUUUGUAAAUUCCUUUCUAGUAUUUUUUUCUCCAUGUACAAAUGUAUAUGUUGUGUUUCAAUUUUGUGCUUAAAUAAAAAGACAUUUUCAGACAA